CCGCAGACCACCGUCUCCCCUCCUUCCCCGCCGCAACUACCGACACGUCGAGCCAUUCGCUCAGCCCGUUGCAGCGAGCAGCUCGCUACUCGCGAGGAUGUUGUGUCCUCUCUUCUAGACUUGAGCAUGCUCCAAGCUCGUCAGCAGCGUCUCACUCUCCAUGUCUUUGCACUGCGUCGCCUUCUCACCAUCCUCUUUGACCCUGAUCGCACCCUCCCGAUCAUCCCAGUACGACUCGGGACCUCCACGAGGGUGUACUCAGCGUUGUGGGAUUCCGGUUCUCGGGGCGACUUCGUUCACCCAUGUGUGGUGAAAGAAGUCCGCUUACCCACGACCGGGUUGCCGACUCCCAUCUCUGUCACCCUUGGGGAUGACAAGACCCAGCGCUUCUUCGAUCAUAUGGUCACCGACCUCCCUUUCUUCCUCACUCUCGAGCCGACCGAUCGUUCCCCGGCAUCUCGUCGCCACCGCUCCUCUGCACAUUUCGAUGUGAUGGAGACGGGGUACGACUUCAUUCUCGGCACUCCGUGGUCUCGUCGGUUCCGCAGCACCGAGGUCGAUUGGGCGACCAACACUCUCGUUCUCAAAACGAAGUGUGGACAGACGUAUCGCGUACCUUUCAUAGGUACCACUGCGACACCACGCCCCGAUCCUCCUCCCCCGGAGCCUUCCGUACCCACACCAUCUUCUUCUAUCACUGUCACCUCGCUUCGGCAGUUCGCCCACUUCAUCCGACAGGACGACGUCACCUUCUUUAUGGUGAACGUGACGGAUCUCUUACACUAUGAUCCACCUUGUCAUGACGCCGAGCUCAUCUCUCUGGAGCCAGAUCCUCCUUCUAUCUCCAUGGCUCCUAUCUCUACGUUCGUCCCUCCGCCGUCCGCCGAGUCCACCCCGCCGUCGUGCGCUGACGCUGACGCUGAGGAACUCGCACAAUAUACGGUUGACCUGGAGCCCACAGUUUGUGACCUCAUUCGAGAGUACCACGACGUUUUCCCAUUGUCGUUCUCGUACGCUAGCAUCCCACCGAUGCGCAACGUCGAGCAUUCCAUCCAGCUUGUGUCUGACUAUCGUGUUCACCACCAGGCACCCUACACACUCUCGAUCCCCGAGGCCAUCGAACUCAAACGUCAUCUUGAGGAGCUCCUGAGUCUGGGUUUCAUUAAACCCAGCAACUCCCCGUGGGAUGCACCCGUCCUCUUUGCUUUCAAAGUGGAUGAAACUCUCCGUGUCUGCAUCGACUGUCGCGGCCUCAACCGCUACACGGUUAAGAACAGCUACCCCAUGCCUCGUUCCGAUGACUUGUUCGACCGCCUAGCAGGCAACCGCUUCUUUACGAAGAUUGAUCUUCGUAGCGGUUACCACCAGAUCCGCGUCGUUGCAGUCGACCAGCUGAAGACAGCAUUCCGAUCGCGCUUCGGCCACUACGAGUUCACGGUGAGGCCUCACCAACGCACCUGCUACCUUCAGAGGGCGAUGAACGACAUCUUCAAGGACACCCUGGAGCAGUACGUUCUCGUCUAUCUCGACGAUAUCCUCGUCUACAGUCAUGCGUCGGACUUUGUUGUAGGAACAGUGCUUUCUCAGGUCUUCCCCUCCUCUCCUGAUUCCUCUCAUCCUCGUAUCCCUCGCUUCCCACCACCUACCCCUACCACUGCUUCCCGACUGACGCCUACUUGUCCAGCUACUGACGAGCCCUCUAUUGACUAUUCUCCUACCAUCGCCGAGGACGGCACUGUCGAGUCUCGCUCAGGUGAUUGUCCGAUAGCCUUCUACUCCCGUCAGCUCCUGCCCGCCGAGAUAAACUACACUGCUGAUGAAGGUGAGGUUCUCACAGUAGUUUAUGCCGCUCGGCACUGGCGUCACUACUUGCACGGGGCACCGUUCACGGUGCGUACAGACAACUCUGUUGUCCAGGUUUUUUUCACAAAACCGAAGCUCACUCCUCGAAAGGCUCACUGGUGGAGCGACCUAUCCGAGUUUAGUUUCACCACUGAGCACAUCAAGGGUGAGACUAAUCGGGUCGCAGAUGCCUUAUCCCGGCGCCCCGACCAUGACCAGGAGCAGAUCCAGCUCUCUUCCAUCUCGGUCACCUCCGUCCACCACUCGGUGAUCGAUGAGUUUCGCACUCAGUACCGCCACUGCCCCGACUAUCGCGACAUCCACGUGACCCUUCGGAGUGGCAAGACCGUCCCGAACUACUCUCUAAGGGACAACGGUCUUGUGUACUGGCACGGUUCACARGGCACCAGAGAGCCCCGUAUUUGUGUUCCCUCCACUGGACAGCUACGUGUCCGAGCAGUAGCAGAGUUCCAUGACCAGGCAGUCACCGGUCAUAUGGGCUUCCACAAGACGUUGCCUCGUGUGAGCCGCCUGCACGUCUGGCCGAAGCGCAAGGACUUUGUGAAGGACUACGUCGCAGAGUGUCCCACCUGUCAGGAGGUGAACAGUGUGAACCACCUCCCUUAUGGUUUGCUCCAGCCUCUUCCCAUCCCUGAGGGUCGUUGGCAGUCCAUCUCGAUGGACUUUAUCGUUCAUCUUCGUCCUCCGACCCCCCGCGGUCAUGAUGCUAUCCUGGUUGUCGUCGACCGCUUCACGACCCGUGCACGCUUUGUUCCGUGUUGCUAUGCCAUCAGUGCACGUGAGGUCGUCGACAUCGUGUUUGACCGAGUCGUGCCUCCGCUUCUCCUCGUCUUACCAUUGACCGUUGGUCAGACCGAGAUCACGAACAGGACUCUCGGAGACAUUCUCCGAAAGAUUGUUCGUGACGACCAGCAGUGGGAUCUUCAUCUUGCCCACGCGGAGAUAGCCUAUAACCACGCUGUCUUACCAGCCACGGGGAUGUCGCCCUACUAUUGCGACCUCGGCUAUCACCCUCGUGUUCCCGCGGACUUCCUUCAACCGUCACAGAUGCACCCCGACACGAGUUGUCUCGCGCUGGAUGAUUGGGUUGCACACAUGACGUCGAUAAUGAAGACCGCACAUGACCACAUAGCCGCUUCCCAGACUCGCAUGGCAGCAUGUGCGAACCGAUCGAGGAUGGAUCAUCCGUUCAAAGUCAGUGAUGUUGUGCUCAUCGACGCCCCCCACUUACAGCUCGAAGCGGACACGCUUCACAAGUUUCGGCGUCGCUUCUUUGGCCCAUGCCGCAUUCUCCAGGCCGUCGGUUCUGGUACGGCAUCUAGCCCGGUCAGCUUCCGUGUGAAGCUGCCUGACUACCUACGUCAGGCGCGUGUGCACGAUGUCUACCACGUCUCGUUACUGUGUCCUUAUCGCAGACCGUCUGAGCGUUUCGCUGGACGACCAUACGAGCGCCCUCCACCCAUCAUGGUGGACGGCCACGAGGAGUUCCUCGUUUCAGACAUCAUUGGUCGCCGAGUCACCGACAACAACCCUCCCCAUGUCGAGUAUCUCGUACACUGGAAGGGUUACCCUAAUGAGGAGGCUACCUGGGAGCCCCUCGAGCACUUGCAGCACGCUCGCAUGUUGGUGCGUGCCUAUGACCGUGCUCGUCGUGUUGGGUUCACUGCUCCUCCUCAGCCCACUGACCUUCCUUCUUCUCCCGCGGCUGAGGAGACCGCUGAAGUCGAGCCUCCUCCAUCUGAGGCAGAUCUUCAGCGGCAGCCGGAUGCUUCUGAGCGACCACAGCGCACUCGUCGUCAUCCUGCUCGAUACGACGAUUGACUCUGACUUACCUUCCUACGUCUUUGACUUCUCAGUACUCCAUCCAUAUCAGUUUUUGUUUUUUCAGCUCGUCGACGUUGCGGCUCUUCCUCGACUGCAUUCCGUACUUCUCAUCGUGGACGUCAUCGGCAGCCUCAUGGACUUCGUCACGAUCAACUCUUCCUACUUCAGACGUCAUCACUCUCUUACCACUAUACCCUGUACAGUACCCUGGUUGUGUCGCAUGAUGGUCUCCCUUUAGCCGGGUUCCUCUGAGUUGGGCUCUCCCUUGGUAUACGCAUAAGCAUC